AUGGCAGACGACAAAAACGAUGAUACGCCGGAGCGGGACUCCGAAUGUAAAUUGAAUCCGGCGGAGGAGAGAUCGCGAUAUUUUAAAAAGUUGGAAGAAUGGCUCCAGGAAGCAUACGCCUGGCAAAGUGUCGCAGCGAUGUUUCCCUAUUACAUGAUGUCGGGGCAAUCCAUUACAAAUCCAACACUUGCUUCAGCACCUUUCCCAACAAAUCAAGUACCAACACCAUCAAAUACACAAGGAGUGAUAACUGGAAAUAUAGAUAGACAGAAUGAGACAGUGAGGCAAAGGAGGCCUCAGGAACAACCUGCGGGACCUUUUCAACCUCCAGGAACCGAUGGUUACGAAUAUCGGAUUCCUCCAAUUUGGAAGAGAUUCGCAGCAGAAUUUAUAGAUUCAACAAUGCUGUUUCUCUUGAAGUUUUCCAUCACUUUCAUUGCGAUUGACGUCUUUGAUUUUAUAGACAUCGAAGACUUGGAUUUGUUACAAACAAAUUUACGUAUUGAUUACAAAAUGGCUCUGGAAAUGACUUAUGGGAUUUUGAUUCUGGAAGUAAUUCAUCGUGUGAUAGUUUGUAUUUUUGAGGCUUUUUGGCUUCAGCAUGGAGUGUAUGGUCUUAUCGGAGGUGCUACUCCUGGUAAAUAUAUGAUGGGUUUGCGGGUGGUUAAAUGUCGAAGUAUAACCCCCGUUGAGCGUCCGAAUGAGCCAGAUGUGGUCCUGGUGAGCCCUGGAACCGAUCUGGGCCUGCCACUGGCGUUGGGUCGAUCAAUAGUGAAGAAUUUUGUGCUGGCAUUCAUAUUCCCAAUUUGUUUUUCCCUGUUCUUCUUCAGGUUCAACAGAACCGGCUACGAUUUAUUCUGUCAUUCUAUCGUCAUAGAGGAUCCCUACAGAAAUAACAAUCGACCCCACCAGGAGUAAUAAUUUAUCCGAAGAACGCUGAGAGGUGCUGAGAAAUGUUGCAAUUCUCUGUGAUGUGUACAUAAUGGCUAUAUGUGCUUCUUGUACCAAAUGCAUGCAGGUUCAUGUGUAUGGCGUGUAAUAUAUGUGUAAAAAAUAAAAAUUAUUAUUGCGGCUGAAAGCCGUUUGAGAAAUUUUUUUCAGAGAUGGGUUGUAUGAAUUGUACAUACAAUUACGUAAAUUUCACAAGAUUUUAAUUUUUGCAAUAAAUUCUUGCGAGAUA